UUUAUUUAUAAAAAAAUGAAUAUGAACAGAUAUUUAGUUCGUAAUUUCUCAUCUGCCUCAAACCUUUUUGUUAAUGCCAAAGGUAAACAACCAGUCAGAAUUGCUGUUACUGGUGCUAGUGGUCAAAUUGGUUAUCAAUUAUUAUUCAGAAUUGCCAGUGGUAGUAUGUUAGGUCCAGAUCAACCAGUCAUUCUUCAAUGUUUAGAAUUACCACAAGCCAUGAACGCUCUUAAAGGUGUUUCAAUGGAAUUAGACGAUUGUGCCUUCCCAUUAUUAAAAGGUAUCGUUCAAACUGACGACCCAAAUCGUGCUUUUGCCGGUGCUGAUUACGCUUUAUUAGUCGGUGCUAGACCAAGAUCAAAGGGUAUGGAACGUGGUGAUUUAUUAAAAGCCAACGCUGAAAUUUUCUCUGUUCAAGGUAAAGCCUUAGAUAAAAACGCCAACAAAGAUACCUUAAGAGUUUUAGUUGUCGGUAAUCCAGCCAACACCAACGCUUUAAUUGCUGCCCGUAAUGCUCCAUCCAUCGAUCCAAAACGUUUCUCUGCUAUGACUCGUUUAGAUCACAACAGAGGCUUAGCUCAAUUAGCCGAAAAGACUGGUUCAUCCGUCACCGAUAUCGAAAAAUUCUGUAUUUGGGGUAAUCACUCUGCCACCCAAUACCCAGAUAUUAACUUUGGUUCAAUCAAUGGUAAAUCAUUAACCUCAAUCAUCAAUGAUGAUGAAUGGGUUAAAAAGAAUUUCAUCCCAACCGUUCAACAAAGAGGUGCCGCUAUUAUUGCUGCUCGUGGUCUUUCAUCAGCCGCUUCAGCUGCCUCAGCUGCCAUCGAUCACAUGAGAGAUUGGACCUAUGGUACCAACGGUCAAUGGACUUCAAUGGCCAUCUACUCUGAAGGUGAAUAUGGUGCUGAUAAAGGUUUAUACUUCUCAUACCCAGUUAUUGUUUCACCAAAUGGUAAAUACGAAAUCGUUAAAGGUCUUCAAUUAGAUCAAUUCUCAAAAGAAAGAUUCGAAAAAACUCGUGCUGAAUUAGUCGAAGAAAUGACUGCCAUCAAAGAAUUAUUACCAUAAACUAUAAAAUAUAUCUAAUCAAAAUCAUUUAAAAAUAAUAAUAAUAAUAAUUUUUUUGUUAAAAUAAAAAAAAAAUUUGU